UGUGACUGAGUUUUUUCUAUAAAGACAUAAACCAGCUUCAAUAUAUUGGCUGUUAUUAUUCCUCAAAAAAGUAGAACUAACGGCUGAAUGGAUUAUCAAUAUGGCCUGCAAAAACUUAAAUAAGGUUGUAGCAGCAUUAUUAAUUCUGUUUUGCACAUCCGGAACUACAAAUUCCUUUGAGUUAACCUGCGAGUAUCAUGACUUUGUAGGAUAUGGUUAUGGAUGUAUAGUUCUUGAAGGAUCUAUUCAAAAUGAGAAUGAAUCUACAGUAACAGAUAUAAUCGGCGAUCAUCUUGAAAACAAAACUCUUAAAGACGUUUCUUGGGUGUCUGUGGAAUCUAAAACAUUUCAAUUUUUCCCAAAAGGACUUCCAAAAUUCUUUCCAAAAAUCGAUACAUUAUUUGUGGUGAAAUCAAAUCUUCAAAAAAUUGGCAAAGACGACCUUGUAGGUUUAAAUAAGUUGGAAAAUUUAUAUUUAGAUGAUAACUCUAUUGAGUACGUAGAUGCACAUGCUUUUGAUAAACUUUCACGUCUUCGUACUUUAUCAUUCAAACAAAACACAUGUCAUAAUGCGUCGGCACAUUUUGAUCGCGAUAAGGUUAAGAAUGUGAUUGUAGAAGUUGUAUCAAAAUGUUCAAAAGUGAAGGAAGAUGAAAAAAUUGAGGAAAUACCAGAAACACAAGAAAAAGAACAAGAACAAGAACAAUUAAAGGAAGAGGAAGUAGAGGCUUCUACAAAGUUCAUAAAAGUUGAGGAAAUCGUCACAACUGAAGAAGUAAAAAAUGAGCCAAAAGAAGAAAAUUACAAUUCAAAUAUUUUACUGGAAGAAUUACAAGCUGAAUUAGAAACUACAAAACAACUUAAUACCAAACUUUUGUUGGACAUUGGAAAGCUUAAAGCUAGUAAUGAUAAAAUUCUUGACGAAAAUAACAAAUUUAAAAUCAAAUUGGAAAGAUGCGAUGACAAUACGAAUAUUUUAACUGAAAAUAUUAACUUGAGAAGUGAAUUGACUAAACGAAAUAAGGAAAUGGCAAAUCUUAAAGCUGAUAAUGCCAAUUUAAAUUCUCGAGUCAUUAGGUGCGAUACUGACAGUUCAGCUCUUAAAUUUCAAUUUGCAACACAAAAGUCAGAGAAUUCUAACCUGAAAAUUAAGGUUACACAAUGUGAAACUCAAGCUGCUAAUUCAUUACUUGAAAUUGAGAACCUCAAGAAUGGAUCAUCAAAGUGUAAAACUCAAAGUAAGGAAGAUGAGGAAAAAUUGGAACUAUUCAAAUUGGAAAUAUUUAAUUGUAAAAAUGAUCAAUUAGAUUUACAAGAAGAAAUCAAUAAUUUGAAAUCAUCAUCAUCUGACUGCAAUGAUUCAGAUUCGGAAUUGGAAAUUGAAAAUAUCAGCAACAAACUUAAUAAUUGUGAAGUUGGGUUGACAGAACAAAAGCUUGAAAAUCUAUCGCAUAAAUCUGAAAUUUAUAAUUUAAGAUCAUCCAAUUCAAAAUGUGAAUCAGAAAAAUCAGAUUUAAAAAAAGAAAGCAAAAAUAAGAUUGAUGAACUUACAAAAGCUAAUGCUGAAUGUUCUGAUUUAGUCGCUGAAAAAUCAAAUGCUUUGUCAGUUAAAUUAGACCUUGAAACUCAAAUUAAUAAAUUGACUAACGAACAUGAUGUUUUGAAAAAUGAAUUGAAUAAAUGCACAACAAGUCAUUCAAGUUGUAUGUCAGAAAGUGAAAAUCAUAAAAACAGUGCAUCCAGUAGCAAUGUUCAGUUAGCAAACUUGAUUAAGGAGAACAAAACAUUUAAAAAAUAUAUUGGAAACUUAGAAAUUCAGUUAUCAACAACAAAAUCAGAGCAAGAAAAUCUUAAAAAUGAGUUGUCAAGUCAAUCAACAACAUUAAUGAAAUGUAAAAGUGAAAAUGAAAAUUGUCAACUUUCCAUUUCUAAUUGUGAGGAACAAACGACAAACAUGUUGAAUGAAAAUUUGAAUUUAAGAGCUUCUGUUUCCAAUUGUAAUUCAUCAGUAAUAUCUCUAAUGGCUGAAAUUGAAAAUCUUAAAAAUGGUGUCUCAAGUCACAGUUCAGAAGUCACAAACUUAAUGAUGGAAACUCAAAAUUUGAGGAAAUAUGUUACAAAUAUGGAAAUUCAGCUAUCAUCCUUUACACAUGAGAAUGACAAUCUUAAAAAUGACUUAAAAAAUCAUGUCCUUACCAUUUCUAAUUGCAAAUCUGAAACAGAAAAUUUGAAACAUUCAUUGUCUGAAUUUGAAGAUCAGUUGACACUAACUUAUGUCGAAUUUUCACUAUUAAGGUCAUCAGCAAGUAAUUGCAAUUCUACUCUCUCAAAUCUUCAGUUUGAAAAUGAAAACCUUAAAGCUAGUAAUUCAAAUUGUGAAAACAAAUUUUCAUAUUUACUUGAAGAAAAUGAAAAUUGGAAAGAUUUUGGUUCAAAGAUCGAACUUCAAAUUUCAUCAAUUAUGAUGGAAAAUGAGGACUUGAAAGCAAAGGUUGCAAAAUGCGAUACAGUUUCAACUAAAUCGAAUGAUGGUGAACAAUAUUUAGCCAGAUUAAUGAAAUGUGAUGCAGCAGUUACUCGAAUUCUUGAUGAAAAUGACGAAUUGGCAGAUAAAGUCUUAAAAUGUGACUCGGAACUAUCGAGCAUUUAUACAGAUUUCUGGAAAUUACAAAAUGCGAAAGAAAUGUUGAAAGAUAACUUGUUGAAAGCCGAAGCAUCGUUUGAUAAAUGUUCAAACAAUUUGUUAUGGUGUACGUACACGUAUUGUGGAAAGUAUCAGAUUCAUUAAUAUGUUGAAUAAAGGAAAUUUUUUAUGCAAAUUUAAAGCUAGCGUUCAUUUAAAGGUGAAAUUUUUCCUUUCUUUUUUUUCUCUUUAUCUUUCAUUCUUACAUAAACUACGUGACAUUUGCAUUAUAAACGUGCCUCUUUCACAUUUCUCGUAUGGAAUGAUUUGAAAGUAAAUACAAACGGAAAGAAAUUUUUCAAUUCAAAUAUCGUACCAACUUGUCAGUGUGCAUCCGACCAAGACUUAUCACAGACUUACAAAGCAUCAGUGGGUAAAAUAAUGAAGCUUGAAAAUGGAUAGUUCGGCGAUAUAAAUUUUUAACACUUUUAAUGGUUUUUGAAUUUUUGAAUUUUUAAAUUGUUUUGAAUUUUUUUAAAGUUUUUAAAUUUAUUAAAUUUUUGAAAUUAUUUUUAAAUAAUUUUUAAAUAGAAUUUAUUUUUAAAAUCUUAAUGUCCUCUAAAGUAUUUAAUUUUAUCCUUGCUAAGGAUGGAGUAAUGCCAUUUUUUCUGAAAAAUUC